UCCUGUGUAGCAGCAAACACUGAGCUAAAGAAAGACUAGUGACAUUCAAAGAUCAGAAGAAGAACUUACUGAUUGGACUUGGAGAACCUUUGGGGUGCAGAUAUUGGAAGCCCAGCUGGGACCACGGAACGGUCCACAUGUCCAGCAUUGGUGGCACCAUCAUGAUAUCACAAAUCAUGGCGGGGGAGACUGUCACAGUGAUCACACCAAAUGGAAUCAACUUUCCCCAAACAGAACAACCUCAAUCCACCCACCAGAUGCAAGAUAGCCUGAAGAAACGUCUGAAGGCUGAGAUCAAAAUUAUAGGGGCGAUCCAGAUCAUGUGUGGUGUGAUGGUGUUGAGUUUGGGGAUCACUUUGGGAUCUGGUCCCUUCUCUCCACAUUUUACCCCAAUGUUUUCUGUCCUGAUAAAAUCUGGUUACCCAUUCGUAGGAUCCUUGUGUUUUAUCAUCUCUGGGUCUGUAUCAAUCAUCACAGAGAAGAUGUCAAACAAGCGUUUGGUUCGUAGCAGUCUGGCCAUGAGCAGCCUGAGUGCUGUGUUUGCUAUAAUGGGUUUCAUUAUCCUCUGUGUCAACCUGUCUUCUUUGGGUUCUGCAUCACAGCUGUGUGACCUUAGCAAACUGGCUCAGCCAACCACAUAUUAUAGUUAUGACUAUUAUCAUAACCGUUAUGCCAGGGGCUGCCUCAUUGCCACAGCCAGCCUGAAUGGUGUCAUAUCUGUGAUGCUGAUCUGCACCUUCCUGGAGCUUGUUCUGGCUGUGCUCACUGCUCUGCUCUGGUGGAAGCAGGCUAGCUGCAGUGUCCCUGGGAGUGUGCAUUUCCUGUCUCAGAGCUCCAAGAAUGAAUUCAGCUCACCCUCAAAGGAACUUUCCAGUCCUGCAUAUGAAGAAUUAUUGAAUCCUUAAGAAUAAAAAAGAAGAACACAUUCAGCAGAAAGUCUACCUUUAGGAUAAUGUAGACCACCCAACUAUCACAAGAGAGUAAUGUUUAGUUGUUUCUGUAGUGUAGUGGUUAUCACACUCGCCUCAUACAAGAGAGUAAUGUUUGAAUUUCCUAAGGUGUAGGUUGUUUAUACAAUGAAUAUCAAAAAUUGCUGAAUAUAUGUUUUUAUGUGUUCACUGAUGUUCUCUCUCUCUCUCUCACUUUUUUUUUUUUGGUAACACUGGGGCUUGGACUCAUGGCCUCAUACUUCCUAGGCAGAUGCUCUGCCACUUGAGCCAUUCUCCCAACCCUUUUGCUUUAGUUUGUUUUGGGGGCUGGCCUUGAUUCUCUUACCUUUAGCUGGGAUUGCAGGUGUGAACCACCAUGCCUGACUUGUUUUUGAGAUAGGGUGUUGAUAAUUUAUUUUUGUCCAGGCUGACCUCAAACCACAAUCCUCCUGCUCACCUCCCAAGCAGUUCAGAUUAUGGAAGCAAACUACCUCCUCAGGCCUUCAGUGUGGUUCUCUUGGUUUGUUUGACCUUGGUUUCAGCAAAAAUACAUGCCUAUAAAUUCUCAUUUACUAGACUGGCCAGAGUCUCAGACAUUACUUAGAAUGAUUCAGUGGAUCUUGGUGACACAAAGGGGUAACAUUUUCUUGUACUCCUUUAGUGGCAAGGGGAGUUAACUGGUUUGUUGCAGAAAUCAGAAUCCCUUAUGAGUGACAGUACUCUUUUAUUACACACAUUUCACCCAGUGCAAGUCCUUACAAUGAAGUCUAAAGAUCUAUACAGGUAGAUGGCUUCAAAAUAAAGUUUUUAUGGGAUUGCAUAAUACUUGACAAUUUCUUUUGUUAUUUUUCCUUCACACACAGAGUAACUUCAAAUGUAAAUAUGAAGUACUUUUUACUACCAAAAGAAGCACAGAAAAGUGAGCCAGGAGUAUAUAUUGGUUAUUAAAUGACAUCAUUUUUUUCUAAUUUCAGAACAGGAACAAUUGUUAAAUUAUAAAUGUUACAGCUACUGUUCACUGUUACAGCUACUGUGUGAGUACGUACCUGUGAACUCACACACACACACACACACACACACACACACACACACACACACACACAAUUUCUCCUAUUUCUUUACCUAUUGUAAAUUGUGCCUAUGUGGUUGGAGGAAAUGUCAACAAAGCAAAGACGUGUGUUAAACUGAAUCUGAAUAAACACUGA